AUGCACCUAUGCGUAGCGUUUGCUACAGCAUUUGGUGCCGGCAGGCAAAGCGUAUUCGGAAUCAAAUGCGGCUGUACGCAGGCAGACGCCGAGAGGCCACAGAACCACUUGGAAUGGACGUUUCACUUCGACAGCAAUGGCACGCUGGAAAACCUGCAGUCGCUAUAUCAACACCCGAGAAGUCUGGGUACGCGGCAUUACAGUCCUCACGGAAAUGUGGGUGGCCGUGUGGCAGUUCAAAUUGGACAGGGAUCUUUAGCGAUGCAAGAAUUUUCUGCAUACCUCUCAGUGGUCUCAGAACACCAGGAAAGAAUCUGCUUCACUCCGUCGCCACCAUACACAAUGGAAGCAUCUUUACAUCCUGGUUCGGCAUCGACUCCAUGUUCCGCCUUUUCAAUGUCGCCAUCUGCAACGCCUGAGGCAGUCAACACACCAGAAACACAAAGAUCGGUUCUCUUCGAUGAUGAUGUGGCCGCAGAUCCACUCGAUAUUGGUGAAGGCGAUUCGAAAUUCAUUAUGGUAGUGGGUGGUCUCGGGUAUAUCGGGUCGCACACGGUGCUGGAGCUGCUGAAGGAAGGAUACAACGUCCUAGUCAUCGACAAUCUCAGUAAUUCAUAUGAGAACGUCCUGGAUCGAAUUAGAAUUCUGGCCAAUGAAUGCCUUUCGAAGCAGGGAAAGCCAAUGCCAGACCUUCGGUUCCGGCAACUCGACUAUCGCAGUGCGCUCAUGCGAUCCGUUCUGAAAGAAUAUUCAACAUCCAUGGUCGAGAGUAGAGCGGCAACCGCACUUAAGGGCUUUCCGUAUUCUAAUUUCCAUCGAACAGAUUCCGGUAUCGACAUGGCCAUGGACGAUAGACAAGAGGCUCCUACGCAGAGUCGAUCCAGAAUUUCGGGCGUCAUUCACUUUGCUGCUUACAAAUCAGUGGAGGAAAGCAUCCGACAACCAUUGCGGUAUUAUAACAACAAUGUGUGUGGCCUGGUGGACUUCCUCAGCCUGCUUGAAGAAUUCGGUAUCAAGAAUUUCGUGUUUUCAUCAUCCGCUACUGUUUACGGAGAGGGCGCAAACUGUGGAGUACCUCUUCGCGAAGAACUGUGCGUCCACCAUCCGGAAUCGUACUUGGAUGAUGAUGGACGCGAGAAGACUGUGCUUCCUGGCGUGCUGGGCCUCACGUCGCCAUACGGGCGGUCCAAAUUCAUGUGCGAGUCUAUUCUCGCCGAUCUGGCAUAUUCGGAUCCCAGCUGGGCUAUAACUGCCCUGCGUUACUUUAAUCCGGUUGGUUGCCAUGAGUCAGGAAUACUGGGUGAAGAUCCGCGUCAAAAGCCCAGCAAUUUGAUCCCAGUCAUUGCGACUGUUUUAACAGGAGCGAAGCCUACGUUGGAGAUUUACGGCACUGAUUGGGACACCCCGGAUGGGACGGCUGUGAGGGAUUUCAUACAUGUGGUUGACCUAGCACGGGGCCAUGUCGCAGCUCUAUCAGCUUCCUCAUCUGGUCGAACCAAAAGUCCUUUCCGCACUUAUAACUUGGGAACCGGUCGGGGUCACACAGUCCGAGAAGUACUUCAAAGUCUGGAGAAGACCAGUCAACGGACUAUUCCAGCUCGUGAGGUUGGACGAAGGGCAGGAGAUGUCGGCUUCUGUGUAGCCGAAGUUCAACGUGCAGAGGUCGAAUUACAGUGGCGAGCGGAGCGUUCCCUCGACGACUGCUCGGUUGAUGUCUGGAAUUUCACCAAAGCUCGGUGCCCACAGGAAUGA